AUGAGCAAGGGGUGGGUGAUCAAGGAUGUAAUUUCAGGAAAAGUCACGAUCACCCGGGAUGUUGUCUUCUACGAGGUGGUGAACUACCUGCAGUGGAAGGGAGUAGAGAAAGAGAUUGCAGCAGCAGGGACAGCAACUGCACCGGACAAGGUGGAGGAUCUUUUGGAGGAAAAGGAGAGUGAGGGAGUUGGGUAUGAAGGAGAUGAGGAACUCGAAGAUGUGGAACGGGCAGAUUCAGUUGAUUGGGUGUGGGAGAAGGCACCAGCCAGUGAAGCGGAUGAAACCAAUGGAGUGGAGAUAGCAGGGGAGCAGCCAAGCAAUGAAGUAGCCGAGGGUGGCAAUGAAGAGGUGGUUGGAGAAGGAGAUGAAAAAUCAGCAGCUGAAGGAGAUAGUGAUCCAUGGAAGCUUCUAAACAGUGAAGACAGCAAUGUCAAGAUGAGGGAGAUAGAGGAAUUACUUGAGGAGGGCGCCAUCGUGAUUGGAAGGGAAGUGAAGAAUGGAGAAGGGAAAGCACUGGCGGAUUCCAGUGAGGAUGAGGCUGAAUCACCUGCAGAGGAGUUGGGGAAAGGAAAGAGGGUGAAGAAACCAAACCCUCGCGCCUCACCCGCUGCGCGCUUUGGGAGCUUAGCACAUACUCUUCUCAUUACCCCCCCUUCUCCCCCCUCAUUACCCACCUUUAUCCCCCCUUUACCCCUCAUUACCCCCCUCCAUUUUCCCCCGUUUUUGGGUCUUUUCUCCCCCUUCUCCCUCUCAGUUCCCUGGCCUCUACCCCUCACACUCCCCCCUAUUCGCUCUCAAUUCCCCCCCUUAGCCCUCACAUUCCCCCCCUCUUCUCCCCAUCAUUAUCCCCCGUUCUCCCUCUCAUUUCACCUCCUGGACCCUCUCAUUUCACCUCCUGGACCCUCUCAUUUCCCGCCCUUACCGCCUUUGAUUCCCCCCCGUCUCCCUCUCAUUACCCUCCCUUAUCCCUCUCAUGUGGCUGUCCAUCCUCCCUCUCAUAACCACCCUUCUCCCCCUCAUUUCCCCCCGUUCCCCCCCUCAUUUCCCCCCUUUCUCCCCCUCAUUUCCCCCCGUUCUCCCCCUCAUUUCCCCCCCUUCUCCCCCUCAUUUCCCCCCGUUAUCCCCAUCAUUUCCCCCCCUUCUCCCCCUCAUUUCCCUCCCUUCUCCCCCUCAUUUCCCCCCAUUCUCCCUCUCAUCUACCCCUCUGCUCCCCUUCAUUUCUGCCCUGGCUCCUUCUCACUUCCCCCCGUGCUCCCUCAAUUCCACCCUUGCCGCUUCUCAAUUCCACCCUUGCUCACUCCCAUUUCCCCCCUUGUUCCCUCUCAGCCCCCCCCCCUUUUUAUCACCAUCAUUUCCCCCCCUACUCCUCUCAUUUCCCCUCCCCCCUUCCCCCCCACAUAUCCACCCCUUUCCCCCCUCAUUCCCCCCCUUCUCCCCCUCAUUUCACCCCCUUCUCACCCCCCCUUGUCCCUCUCAUUUCAUAUUCUUCUCCCCCUCCUUUAUCUACCCUACUCCUCUUCAUUACCCUCAUUCUCUGCCUCAUUUCCACCCCUUCUCUCCCCCCUUCCCCCUCUCAAAUCCCCCCCUCUCGCAGGUGAAUACCCUCCUUUCCCUCUCAUCCACCCCCCCCUUAUCCUUCUCAUUCCCAACCUUUCUCACUCUCAGCCCCCACCCUCUCUCACCAUCAUUCCUCCCCCUGCUCCCCCUCAUUUCCCCCCGUUCUCUCCCACAUGUUCUCCCAUGUCCCUCUCGUUCCCCCCCUUCUCCCUCACAUUACCCCCCCUUCUCCCAUUCUUUUCUCCCCCUUGCUCACCAUCAUUUCCCCCCAUUCCCCCUCUCAAAUCCCCCCCUUCUCGCUCUCAAAUCCCUCCUUUCUCCUUCUCAUCCCCCGCCCCCUUCUCUCUCUCAUUUCCCCCCUUUCUCCCUCUCAUUUCUCCCAUUGCUCCAUCUCAUUUCCCCUCUUGCUCCCCCUCAGCCCCCUCCCUUCUCCCUCUCAUUCCCCUCCUUCUCGCCCUCCCUUCCCCCCCUUGUCCCUCUCAUUACCCUCCCUUGGUGACAGAUGUUGCAGAGGGCUAG